UUUUGGCGCUAAAAUAUCAAAAAUACACGGACAGUUGGCUAGCCUGAUUUGCUAACUUCAUGGUUCUCUCAAGUUUGGCAACACUGGUUGCAUUGGGAUGUGUUUCUUUCUCUCGGUGACUGUAUCUUCGUAAAAAUGACGAAAGGUACGUCAAGUUUUGGUAAACGUAGAAAUAAGACCCAUACGUUGUGCAGAAGAUGCGGUCGUAGCUCAUACCACAUCCAGAAAUCGCAAUGUGCUCAAUGUGGAUACCCUUCGAAAAAGUUGCGCUCGUACAACUGGUCUAUUAAGGCAAAGAGGAGGAAGACUACCGGAACUGGUCGCAUGCGUGCCUUGAAGAUUGUACGACGCAAAUUCAAAAAUGGAUUCAGGGAAGGCGUACCAAAACCAAAAGCAGUCGCAGCAAAAUGAUUGUAUGGAGUAAAGUUAAAAAUAAAAUAAUUUAAAUAAA